AUGGCGCAACCAACACAAACCCCAACCGACACACCAACAUCUUACAACGACCCCACGUUCUCCCUCCUAAACUCCACAUGUCUCGACCUUCUCCUCAUCGAGCUGGUACCCAUGGCCUACCGCAUAACCGCCGAUCUUGCACUACGGGAAGAAGAGUGGACAGGUGCCUCAACAAUCAAGGCGAACAGACUGUCAUCGCAUAGCAACGAUGCAAGCAGUACGGCAGCGGGCGCAGCAGCAGGAACAAUAGGCGCAGGCGGCACAGCGACGGUAGACGAGGAAGAAAGCAGGGAGGCUGUGUUCCACCGACUGGAGAGCUUGGGGUACCGUGUUGGACUCGGGAUAGUAGAACGAUUCUCCCGCGACACACCGCGCCCCACCACACCUCUGGACUGCAUCAAAUUCCUCUGCAAAGACCUGUGGACGCUACUCUUCCGUAAACAGAUCGACAACCUCAAAACCAACCACAGAGGCAUCUACGUGCUGACCGACAACACGUUCAAGCCGCUGACACGAAUGUCCUUUGACACCAAAAAAUACGACGCUGCAAUGCAAGCCAGGGUUCUAGAGGAGACAGGCGACAUUGCGCUGGGGAGGGAGGCAAACAGUAUACAACGGGUGCAGCCGUUCCUGUAUUUCCCGGCGGGCGUCGUGAGGGGCUGUCUGGAAGGGUUGGGGAUCAGGGCGAGUGUGCAGGCUGAAUGUAGUGCGUUGCCGAGUGCGACGUUCCAGAUCAGGACUGCGGGUGCGAAGAGCUGA